AUGUGGCAACCAAUGACAAGCCAGGCAGGGCAUAUUCCCGCAAAAAUUGGUGAUCGUUCCCUGGGAAGGCGGGUGUUUUACUCAGUUUGGCGCAAUUUCUCCAGCCUGUACGGACGUAGGACUCCUGUCCAGAUAAAGACAGAUCCUUGACUUUCCUUUUUUCAACGCGAAUUUUAACUAACACCUUCAUCAUGUUUGAAGCCAGACUUGUCCAGGGAUCUAUGUUGAAAAAGAUCAUGGAGUCGAUAAAAGAUCUCCUGACAGAAGCAAUUUUUGAUUGUUCCAGCACUGGCAUUACUUUGCAGGCAAUGGACAGUUCUCACGUCAGUCUUGUCGCUAUGAGUAUGAAGUCCGAUGGGUUCGACACCUACCGGUGUGACAGAAACCUGUCAAUGGGAAUCCACUUACCAAGUCUGUCCAAAAUAAUGAGAUGCGCUGGAAAUGAUGACAUCAUAACAAUGAAGGCUGCUGAUGAAGCUGACACCGUGUCCCUGGUUUUUGAGGCUCCAAAUCAAGAGAAAGUGUCAGACUAUGAAAUGAAGUUGAUUGACUUGGAUACUGAGCAUCUUGGAAUUCCAGAGACAGAAUACAGCUGUAUUGUGAAGUUGCCAAGUGCUGAGUUUCAGAGAAUUUGCAGAGAUCUCAGUCAGCUGGGAGAUUCAGUUGUCAUCGCUUGCACCAAAGAGGGUGUCAAGUUUUCGGCAAGUGGAGAACUGGGCACUGGGAACAUUAAACUAUCUCAGAAUGCAAGCACGGACAAAGAAGAAGAAGCUGUUGUUGUUGAUAUGAAUGAGGCCGUCUGCUUGACUUUCGCCCUGCGUUAUCUCAACUUUUUCACAAAGGCCACUCCACUCUCUCCGCAAGUUACCCUCUCAAUGUCACAAGAUGUACCAUUGGUGGUGGAGUACAAGAUUGCUGACAUGGGAUACCUCAGAUUCUACCUUGCCCCCAAGAUUGAGGAUCAAGAACAGCAAGAAUAAGUGUCUGUUCCAGUCGUUGCUAUACAUUUUGCUUAUUUCUAUUCAUCAUGGUAUCAAUACACGAGGUUCAUAUUUUUGACCAUUCUUUGUAUUGUGGAUACUUUAUAUAGUAUGAGUAUGAGAAUCACUGUAAAUAAACUCUUCAUGUCAUCUUGCAA